AUGGCUCAGAAUUCAGGCCUUUCUUCUGAUUGUCAGUUUUGGAUAAAGAAGCUUACUUUAUGGGACCAAGCCUCCACUUCGGAAACCUGGCAAGACAUCUGCCUUCAUCUGCCUCAGUUUCAGGACUUCUUGAGGCAGAUGUAUGAUGCCUUGAAAAUGAUGGAUUCCAAUACUGUCAUUGAAAAGUUCCCCACAAUUGGUCAACUAUUGGCAAAAACUUGUCGGAAUCCUUUUAUCUUAUCAUACGGUGAAAGCCAAAAAAUUCUAAUAUGGUGCUUGUGUACUUUGAUUAAUAAGGACUCACUGAAUUCUGCAGAAUCAAAAUUUAACUCUUGGAUACGGGGGUUGAUAUUUCAUAUAUUUUCAGCAUUUAGAUCCGAUAUUCAAGAAGUUGUUCUUUUUACUCAAGGUCUUGGAUAUAUACCUCCAGAUUACUAUUCAGAUUUGCUUAAAAAUGUGGUUUUAUCAUUAGAGACUGAACUCAGAGAGAAUCAUCUUAAUGAAUUUAACACUCAAGGAGGGAUGAGUCCUGAAUGCAUGAAGUCCCUGUCACAAGUUUGUGUCCCACUCAUUGCUUUGCCUGAGUUUGAACCACUGGUGGAUGCCCUGCUCAUGUGCCCCAGAUAUGACCCACAGGAAGUGCUCUGUCCUGAGUUCUUUGAGGCAGUGAAUGAGGCCUUUUUGCUGAAGAAGAUUUCUCUUCCCACAUCUGCUGUAGUCUGCCUUUGGCUUCGGCACCUCCCUAGCCUUGAACAAGCAGUGCUGCACCUCUUUGAGAAACUCAUCUCCAGUGAGAGAAGUUGUAUGAGAAUGAUCGAGGACUUUGUGAAAGAAUCAUUGCUGCCUGAAGCAGCCUGCCACCCUGCCAUAUUCAGAAUUAUCGAUGAAAUGUUCAGGUCAGCCCUCCUAAAGACUGAUGAAGCUCCAGAAAUUCUGGCCACUAUUCAAGUGUUUACAUGCUGCUUUGUAGAAGCUCUUGAUAAAGAAAACAAGCAGUUGAAGUUUCCGUUCCAGACCUACUUUCCUUAUGCUUCUCCAUCUCUCAUCAUGCUGCUGCUUCAAAACCCGAAAGACACUCCAUGGGCACAGUGGUACCAGCCUCUGACACAGAUCUCUGACCUGCUCAGAGAAAUCGUUGAGGAGCAGCAGACUUAUGGGUCGCACCACGUGUUUUUUGACAGCUGGUUUUUGUUUGUCCACUUCGGAGAAUGGGCUGAGCUUGCAGCUGAGCAGCUGGUGCUAUCAGAAGCUAAACCCCUGGAAGCCCUGCUGUGGCUCUUGAUCUUCAGAUACAACCCAGAGGACAGGAGCCAACAGCAAGCACAGAACAUGAUGGAGGUGGAGGAGCUGUGGCGCUGCCUACUGAAGCUUCGCGGAGCUGCCUCCCUCUCGGCCCAGGACUUGCAGUCAGCAGUGGGGAAGAGUAACAGGGCCGGGGAGCUCAGGCUCCCUGGCCGCCUCCUCUUGCUCUUUCUACUCUGGGAUCCCAAGGGACGCACUGUUGCUCGUGACGUCAUCGCUAUGAUGGCUUCGACUGAGCGGAUCACCCAGGACAUAACUGGCUUUCUUGACCAGACCUUGUACAGAUGGGAUCGCCUUUGUGUGGAAGCCCCUGAGUCAAGAGCACUGGCCAGAGAACUCCUUACAGAGCUGCGUGGACAGACCUGGCCAGUGAGAAUGCAGGUGCCAUCUGAGAGCCAGGCUUGCCAAGGCCACAGGACUGAUGCACGGAUCAGUGGAAUAAGACCCUGUGAAUUGUGAGAGGCACCAGGAAUGCCACACAGCUUAAGUUCUAGUUUGAUUCCAGCACCACUUAAAAGGAUAUAAGGGCCAGAGAGCACAGUGGAGAGGACAUUUGCCUUGCAUGCCAGCCAACCCAGGUUCGAUCUUCAGUGUCCCAUAUGGCCUAUUCAGCACCAAGCACUGCCAGGAGUAACCCCUGAGCAUGCUAGGUGUGGCCCCCAAACAAAAACACACAAAAAGAAAGGAUAUA